AUGAUACAAGUAUGUAAUCAGUCGCUGCCAUCAGUGGUAAUGGUUUGCACAACCAAUGGAUGUGGCACUGGAUUUGUUGCCGACAAGUGUGGACUCAUUAUAACCAACGCUCACGUGGUGGAGGACUGGAAGAACGUCCGCAUUAAGCUGGAGGUAUCCAUAGGAAUGGAUAAUCUUUACCCGAACCGACAAAAUACUGGUCCGAUUAAUGAAAUACCGGGUCGAGUGGUGUACUGUCAGCCCGAUAAGGAUCUGGCGGUCAUUCGGGUGUACGUGAAGGAGAACUCAUUGUCAGCACUUGUAUUGUCUGAUCGCCAGGAGCUGAAAGCAGGCGAACCGGUACUGCUGUUCGGUUAUCCCGACAAUUCCUGGAGUGUGGCUGUGGGCGAGAUGUUAGAGUCGGACCGGCCGACCAUUCACGAUGAUUAUAACUAUUACGGUGCUGUAAAAAACGCUCAAGUAAUGGGCCGACAUGUGGAGCACUUGGCACCGGCAACACAAGGCUUCUCUGGCGGUCCUAUACUCGAUGCUAAGGGCGCUGUCGUCGGUAUAACUAACUCUGGAUCUAUUGCUACACAAAGUGGUCCACUGGCCACCGAUGCCAUCGGUAUGUCAGCCAAUGAACUAAUCGCUCAUUUAUUGGAUCCAUUGGCGAGGAAUCAAAUGAGACAAGUUUGCAGUCAAACGCUGUCAUCACUGGUAAUGGUUUUUACAGAAGUUGAAGGCAGUGGCACCGGAUUUAUUGCCGACAAGUCUGGACUCAUUAUAACCAACUGUCACGUGGUUGAGGACUGGCACAAUGUGGGCGUUUUGCUGACCGUACCCAUAGAGGCCAAUCGCCUAUAUCCACACCAACAAACACAGGGCACAGACUGGCACAAUGUGGGCGUUUUGCUGACCGUACCCAUAGAGGCCAAUCGCCUGUAUCCACACCAACAAACACAGGGCACAGUUGAUGUCAUAAUGGGUCGAGUGGUGUACUGUCAGCCCGAUAAGGAUCUGGCGGUCAUUCGGGUGUACGUGAAGGAGGACUCAUUGCCGGCACUUGUAUUGUCUGAUCGCCGGCCACUAAAUGCCGGCGAACCGGUACUGGUUUUUGGUUUUCCCGACCUAUCAUUGAGUGUGGCUGUGGGCGAGUUGUUAGGAUCUGACCGGUCGACCAUGGGCGGUGAUAUGGGCAGUGAUUUUCCUAUGAUAAACGCUAACCUAUUAGGCCGACACGUGGAGCACUUGGCAGCGGCCACCCAAGGCUUCUCCGGCGGUCCUAUACUCGAUGGUAAGGGCGCUGUCGUCGGUAUACAUAACGCUGGAUCCGUUUUUACGGGAAGUGGACCACUGGCCACCGAUGCCAUCGUGGUUUUGCAAAACGCAAAGGAGUUUGAGAUGAAGACAAUGAGAGAGAAGUACUCAAUGGCCGGCAAGAGAUCUCUUGGAGUGAAGAUAAAUAAGAUGACGAAUACAUUUUGGGUGAUGUCUUCGGCUAUCAAUCGUCCCCUCAAUGUCUCGGAUGUCCCAUUAGUGGCGUCAAUACCGGCUAUAAUAGCGGGUAAUGAUUGGUAUGAAUACAUCCGUCACAACAAUACCACCAAAAGUCACACAAACUCUUUGGCAGACAAUAUAUUCAAACUAUUGAUAACAACAAGAAUCGCUCAUUUGUUGGAUCCGUUGGCAACGGUACAGAUGAGACAAGUAUGUAAUCAGUCGGUGUCAUCAGUGGCACUGAUUUACACAACUCAUGGAAAGUGUGGCACAGGAUUUGUUGUGGACAAGUCUGGACUCAUCAUAACUAACUCUCAUGUGGUUCAGGACUGGCAGUACGUGAACGUUAAGUUCACGGCACGGGUAGACGUCACACAAGUCAUCCCUAUCAACCAAAGACGAUGGCUGGAUGUUAUACCGGGUCAAGUGGUGUACUGUCAGCCCGAUAAAGAUUUGGCGGUCAUUCGUGUUUACGCAAAAGAGGACUCAUUGCCGGCACUUGUAUUGUCUGAUCGCCGGGAACUGAAAGCCGGCGAACCGGUACUGGUGUUUGGAUAUCCCGACCUCGCGUUGAGUGUGGCUGUGGGCGAGAUGUUAGGGUCAGACCGGUUAAUCUGGUUCAACGAUAUGGACUAUAAUACUUGUUGUACGGGUGCUUAUUCAAUGUGCCGACAUGUGGAGCACUUGGCACCGGCCACUCGGGGCUUCUCCGGUAGUCCUAUACUCGAUGGUAAGGGCGCUGUCGUCGGUAUACAUAACUCUGGGUCGGUUUGUGUACGAUCCGGUCUACUGGCCACCGAUGCCAUCGGUAUGUCAGCCAAUGGGCUGGUAGUGGGCAACGGGUGGGAGAAUGAAAUCAAUGGCAUUGCUAUCAAAUCGUUGACCCAAUUGGAGGAAGUGCUGCAAAGCCUGACCACCGCUGACCAGACAUUGCAUCUUAAGAUUGAAAGAGAAGAAGAGAUUAAGUAUAUAGACGUUAAGCCAUUGCCUGCCAAUUAUCACAACUUUGCUGUUAUUUAA